UCCCUUAUUAUAUUUAAUUCUUUUUUUAAGCUCAACCAACGCUCCAUUUCACUUGCGGAAUGUGAAGACAUUGAUCCACCUGAUUUCAAUGCUGCCGAAUGUCUGGACAAGAUUGCUAAGGCAAGUUUCAGCACUUCAAAAUAGGGACUUGAUAUUUAAAUAUACUUCUCGAUUUUCUCUGUCUUCUAUCUAA